AUGGUCAAGCGAUCCGCACAAUGCAAGUUCCCCGUGGCGCGCAUCAAGAAGAUCAUGCAGGCCGACGAAGAUGUCGGCAAAGUCGCCCAGGCAACCCCGGUGCUCAUCUCGAAAGCACUGGAGCUGUUCAUGGCGAGCAUUGUCGAGGAGACGGUCAAGGAGACGCGCAGCCGCGGCGCCAAGAAGAUGACGCCGUACCACGUGAAGCGCACGGUGCACACGAACGAGACGUUCGACUUUCUCAAGGAUAUCGUGGCCAAGGUGCCUGAUCCGGUCGAGACCGAUAGCGGCAGCGCAGCAGCCGGCGACAACCGAGGCGGCAAGAGGAGAAAGACGGCCAAGAACGACGACUCGGACUAG